AUGGGCGCUGCGCCGAGCACCAAACGUCGCCUGCCACGGCGUCGCGACACCCGCGCCGCGCAGCUCGCGGCGGCAGACAAGGCCGUUGCGGCGGCCAACAAGCUAAGCAAUGAGGAUUUCGCAAGCGAGUUCAUAAAGCCCAGUGAUGCGUCGUGGCCGGCAUGGACUCAUCCGCAAACGCAGGAGAGCUACACGCUGAGUCUGCGCUCGCCCGAGGACAUGGACGACGGCGAAUUAACGGCGUGCUUUGACAUUGUGGAACAGACCAGCGGGGACGACUACCGCGGCGCGGCAGGCGGCUGGCACCCUUUGGCGAAGCGCGCAGAGAUGCGCUCGCCGGGCCUUCGCUACAUUCUCGUCACUACGACGAACCACGGCCGAGGAGCAGGGGGCGCGGACCAAGCUCAGGGCGAGAUUCGUGCGUUUACGUCUUUUAUGCCGACCUUUGAGGACAGCCAGCCCGUAGUGUACUGCUACGAGAUUCACCUCUUGCCCGAGAUGGAGAGGGCUGGCCUGGGCAAGAUAUUGAUGGACCACGUCACCACAGCCGCCGACAACAUCCCCACGCUGGAAAAGACGAUGCUGACGUGCUUCGUGUCCAACGCGCACGCGAGGCGCUUCUACGAGAAGCUGGGCUUUGACGUGGACCAGAGCUCGCCGCGGCCCAGGAGGCUCCGGGACAAGGUCAUUGAGCCUGAGUACGUCAUCCUGUGUCGGCGGACCAACAAGGGCGCCGACCAGACGGACGGAGGCGAGCACCAAGAGAAGCGAACAAAGAACACGGCAGGAUCUGGAACAGGCACAUGA